AUGUGAUUUUGUCAAGACUGUCAAGUUGUGACUAGGUCUAUUUAAUGAGUUGAUUGUUUAGGGUUUAAAUAUAAUCCUAAAUCUUUACUCACGCACGCAAAAAUGUCGUUCAUUGUGAAGCAACUAAGUCGAAGUGUACUGUCGCCGGCUUUCAAAGUAGCAAAAAGGAUUAAUUUUUCUACGACCAGCACUACAAGAGCUCCUAAAGUUCAGAAGCCUGCUCCAGACUUCAGUGCGACAGCAGUUGUCAAUGGAGAGUUCAAUCAACUUAAACUUUCAGAUUUCACGGGAAAAUACGUAGUUCUGUUCUUCUAUCCAUUGGAUUUCACAUUUGUAUGUCCGACAGAGCUCAUAGCGUUCAGUGAUAAAGCUAAAGACUUUGCUGGAAUCGAUUGUCAGGUGAUUGGAGUGUCCACAGACUCUGAGUUCAGUCAUCUCGCAUGGAUCAACACUCCUAGGAAGGACGGUGGAUUGGGAAAAAUGGAAAUUCCUCUGCUUGCUGAUUACAAAAAACAGAUUUCAAAAGAUUAUGAUGUAUUACUUGAUGAUGGGUUUGCAUUAAGAGGUUUGUUCAUAAUCGACCGUAAUGGCACCCUGCGUCACAUGUCGGUGAACGAUCUGCCCGUGGGCCGCUCCGUGGACGAGACGCUCCGCCUGGUCAAGGCCUUCCAGUUCGCCGACAAGCACGGAGAGGUGUGCCCGGCCGGCUGGAACCCGGACACCAACGCCGACACCAUCAAGCCGAACCCCAAGGACAGUAAAGAAUACUUUCAAAAAGCUAAUUAACUAGAACAUUGAGGUCGCACUUACCGGCUGCCGUAUAGUGUAAGGAUACGUUCUGUUGUUAUAUCCACAAGAGUACAGUGUGUGAAAAUAUAUGAUCGUGUUAUAGAAAC